AUGCCCCUCUCUGUGCGUAGGCUGGCUCACACUCUGCUCUCCGCCCGCCCUGUUCUCCUCCGAUCUCUUCGUACACCAUGCCUCUCACUACCUUCACGGACCUUCGCCGCCAGUGCACACAACCGCAUCAUGGAAACCACUGGCUUCACCGAUACUCAACUCACCGAGUGUGGCCAGCAGGAAAAGGAUCCUAAGGAGUUCCAUGCUGCGCUGGCGAAGGAUGGCUGGCUGGGCAUAGCAUUGCCAGAAGGAUUGGGAGGUAGCGGGCUGGGCAUCUCCGAGGCGACGAUGAUGAUGCAGACGAUCGCCCAGUCCGGCGCAGGUAUGGCUGGUGCCCAAGCCAUCCACGCCAACAUCUAUGCCACCCAGCCGCUCGCUCGCUUCUGCACACAGCAGCAGCUCGAGGAGACCAUUCCCAACAUAAUUUCGGGAAAAUGGCGGACGUGCUUUGGUGUUACCGAACCCAACGUCGGGCUCGACACGCUGCGCCUCAAGACCACUGCCACCCGCACAUCUGACAACACCUAUGUCGUCUCGGGGCAGAAAAUAUGGAUCACCUGCGCACAGGUCGCCCAGAAGAUGAUGCUCCUCGCGCGCACAACCCCGCUCUCCGACGUCCAGAAGUCCACCGACGGGCUCUCUCUCUUCUGCAUCGACCUCGACCGCACACACCCGGGCCUCUCCCUGGGGCGGAUCAAGAAGAUGGGCGGACGGGCCGUAGAUGCCAAUGAGGUCUUCUUCGACGCCUACCCCAUUCCCGCCUCGUCGCUCAUCGGUGAUGAAGGGGAGGGUUUCCGCAUCAUCCUGCACGGGAUGAACGCCGAGAGGUGCCUCCUCGCGGGGGAGGCGCUUGGGCUGGGGUACGCGGCGCUCGAGCGGGCGGCAAAGUACGCGCAGGAACGCGUCGUGUUUGGGCGACCGAUCGGGAUGAACCAAGGCGUGGCGCACCCGCUCGCAGACGCAUUCAUGCGCCUCGAGGCGGCGAAGCUUGCAACGUACCAUGCUGCGAGGCUGUAUGACGCCUACGCUGCUGGCACGGAUGCGAGCAUCACUUCCCAUGCUGUUGGUGUAGCGUGCAACAGCGCCAAGUACCUCGCUGCGGAGGCAGCGUUCACGGCUUGUGAGAGGGCGGUGUUGGCGCACGGCGGAAUGGGGUAUGCGGUCGAGUACGAUGUGGAGAGGUACUUCCGCGAGUGUCUGGUGCCCCGCAUCGCUCCGGUCAGUCGUGAGAUGAUCCUGAACUAUGUGAGCGAGAAGGUGUUGGGUCUGCCCAGGAGCUAUUAG